AUGCGGCGUACAAACAGAACUACAGACUACGAGUUGGACGACCUCAAUGCUGGCCCGGAGAACCCGGAUGCCAGCGUUAGUCUAGCCUUCCCUGAGGGAGGCCGUGAAGCAUGGACAUCGCUUCUAGGCUCAUCAUUAAUAAUGUUCCCAUCAUUCGGAUUUCAAACAGCAAUCGGAACCGUUCAGGACUAUAUCAGCACACACCAACUCUCGAACUAUAGCGUCAGCGACGUCAGUUGGAUCACUGCUGUUCUAUGCUUCCUCACUCUAUUCCUAGGGGUACAAGUUGGACCUUUAUUCGACCGAUAUGGUCCACGAAUUCUUCUAAUCUGCGGUUCACUCGCCAGCGUAGCAUCAUACCUUCUCCUAGCGCAAUGCACCCAAUACUGGCAUUUCAUGCUCUGCCUGGGGAUUCUAAGCGGUAUAUCCUCCGCCGUGGUGACAACAGUUGCAAUUUCCGUAUUGAGUCACUGGUUCUAUCGACGUCGUGCUCUCGCAUCAGGGAUUUGUAUGGCUGGAUCCUCAGCUGGAGGUGCAAUCAUUCCUCUAGUUCUGCGCAAACUCUUCAGUGAAUAUGACUGGACGUGGGCUAUUCGGACCAUUGCCUUCAUAGCGCUAGCAUGUUACUCUCUUGGUAUAAUUCUCGUGAAAGGGAGAUUACCAACAGGAAACCAGAGCCGAGCAACGAUUGAUUUCCGUGCGUUCAAAGCUCCACGACUUUUCUUUCUAGCAGUUGCUGUUUUCGCGUUUGAGUUUAUUAUCUUCGGUUGUGCGGCGUUACUACCCACAUACGUUCGAUAUACGGGUCUUAAUAUGGAUGUACAGUUUUACUCACUUACAGUGCUGAAUGGUAUGAGUUUGUUAGGUAGGAUCUUACCUGGAUUCGCGGCGGAUCAGAUUGGUCGGUUUAAUAUCCUUUUGUCAUUGGCGGUUGUUACUUUGUUGGUUAUGGCUACUGUCUGGAUUCCGUUUGGAUCUAAUAGUGAGGCUACGCUAUAUGCUGUUGUUGCUAUCUUCGGUUUUGGAUCUGGGGGUUGGAUCUCGCUUGCUCCUGUUUGUGCUGGUCAGCUUUGUCGUACUGAAGAGUAUGGUCGAUUCUAUGGAACAAUCUACUGUAUCGCUGCAUUUGGGGUAUUGUUGACUGUGCCGAUUGGAGGUGAGCUCUUACAGUCUACUACUCCACAGACCUUGGUGGGAUUCUAUUCUGUUAUCUUGUUGAUUGGUCUGACAAGUGUUGCCAUGUCGCGAUGGGCUUUACUGGAUUGGAACUGGAAAUGGAAGGUGAAGGUGUGA